AAUUGUUGCUAAGUAGUACAAUUUAAAAUUGUAUUCACAUUCGCUGCAAUCGAAUUCAGUCGUUAAUCAUCAACAAAAAUUACGAGCCUUAAAAAAAAAAUUUUCAUUAUUUAAAAAUAUUUGAUAAAAAUUAUGACCGAAAAGGCCGUUUUACAUCAUCAAAAAGAAGCCGACCGCCGACUUUUACAGUACAAAGAUUACAAUGACUAUUUGGACUCAUUGCGGCAACCGAUUGAUCUAAAAUAUUUGGAAAGUAUAAAAGAAUGUCGCGAUAUAGCUGAAGCCGGUUACCGUUCAGCAGUAACUCUAACUUAUAAAGAGUUCAACGAAAGAUUAGAAGAGGCGAAAAAAAUGGUAAAUCCUCCUGUGAAAAUAAGAAAGUCGCUACACAAGACGUUGUUUGGACAUAUUAGUGAAGAUCCUUUAAUUGUAGCGCUAGCAGCACGAGAAAAGCGUAUCAGACUAGGGGACUUAGCGACAAUCAUAUUUAUACGCCUUGAACACAAAAAUAAUACCGAAAUAUCAUCUUAUAUUGAUUAUGGCCAUCGACUAUUUAAAGAAAAUUGGAUUCCUUAUUUUGAAGGUACAAAAUUUCUAAUGCCGAAAAAAACGGAUUUGAGUUAUUAUAACUGGCGAAGCAACACAACAUACAUCAACAAAUCUAAAAAUUUUACGCCUAUAGCAAAAUCUACUGGUCUUGUGUUCCAGUGUAAUGGAGACAGAAUGAUCGUUAAUAUUAAUCCAUACUUACAUCCUGGUGAAAAUUCUGAUUCUAUAAGAAUAUAUACGAAUAAGUACUUGCAAGUUAUGCUGUUCGAUCACAUAUUAAAGAUAAAAUUAAUUUAA